GCGGCGCCGCUGCCGGCGCUGUGCUGGGCCCGGCCCGGCGGGUUGCGGAGCGGAGCGGUGGGAGUAUGGUGCGGCCCGGCGAGGAGAACAUGGACAGCAACGUCCUGGCCAUCGUCGUCGCUGCCACCGUGUCCACAUCCUUGUUCUUCGUGGCGGUGCUCGUCCUGCUGCUGCUCCUGUACCGCCGGGACCCCACGUGCUGCCAGUUCCUCUGCUCGUGCCGCUUCUUCCAGAGCCCCGGGCAGUGCCUAAUUCUGCUGAAUCUGCAUGAAGCCUCCGGCGCCCGGCAGCGCGGCCAGCCGACGUGGGCGCCCAGAGAGGACCUGCUGCUGCCCGGCCAGACCGUGCGGGAGCUCUGGGACUGCCAACCCCCGUACUUCAGCAGCAACCAGCGGCUGGUGGGACCCCAGUGCAGAGCGUCGCGGCUGGAGAGCGCUGCUGAGAAUCCUGGCAUGCAGGCAGAGGAGCCGUUCUGUGUCGCGCCGCCCAGCAGCUACCAGCUGCCCUCCUGGGAGCCCCGCCUGCCCAGCUAUGAGAGCGUGCGGAAGAAGGACCGCCAGCGGGAGAUCCAUCAGAUGAUCGCAGAGAGGUUUGGGCUGUGGGCAGAGCCUUCCCAGGAGCUGCCCCCUCCCUAUGAGCACGCCCUGCGGCACCCUCCAGCUUUCUCAGGAGUGGAAAUCGCCUCAGAGGCCGCAGACAGACGCGCUGUGCCAGCCCCCCCCCAGGCCCCGGUCAGCUGCCAAAGCCAGCGGAGCACAGCUGUGUAAGACUUCGUGCUGCCGUGCUUCUUCCUCGCGUCAGUGGCAGAAGUCCUGGGACGUCGUUCCCAUCUGAGGGAACAGCCGAACCUCAGACCUUCGCUCCUGUUUCCAGUCAGCUGGUUGGAGGCAGGCGAGUCAGACCCAGCUGUCCUGGACGCCCGUCCCGCAGCACGGAGACAACCGCGGAGCUCCCCCUGACUGCAGUGACCAGGGACGGCUGCUUGCUCUUCCAUUUGCCAAACACGAGGCGGUGGAUCAGCAGCAGAGCUGCUUUGCUCCGCGUGAGGGGCGAAGCAAAGGUGAAGGUCUGCUCCGUUCCUGCAGGUGGAUCAUUAGCUCUGAGGGCGCGGCCGGCACUGCCAAGCACACGUGUUUGACCUCUGAUGGUCGUGCUGUGCCACUUCAUCUAUUGCUCAGGAGACAAAACUGUUUAUCGGCGUAUCAGAUUCCCAAUGGCAAUCCUGACCUGCUAGUGAGAACGAAUCUGCAUCGGAGCGCUGCUGCGCGCUCUCAGGGCAGCAGUUUGUAUGAACUUCAGAUGUGCAGAAACUCGAGGUUGAAGGGAUCGUGUCACUGGCAGUGCUGUGUGCAAACGCAGAGCGCCGAGACAGCGGCACAGCUGGGCGUGCAAAAGGGCAGCAGAGUGGGCAAAACGGCCGGCAGCCUCCAAGGGGAAUGUGAAGCAAAGGUGGAAAUGCACUUCUGGUGCAUCUUACCUUGUCUUCUUUUGAGGAGAAGACAAUCUAUUAAUGUCACUACACUACCAAUUUUGAGAACCUGUUUUCUACUGUAAAGCCUAAGCUUCAAAUUGUUUACAAACCUGUAGAUAAAAUGAGAACAGUUUGGCUA